GACUGGAAAAAAAGCUGAGCUCCCACAGUUUACCUCGUCCCCCUCCGCACCCGAUCUCGGCGGAUGGCCAUUUACUUCUCCUUCUCCCCACGGAUGCUGCUCCCCUCUCCCCCCGCCCCGCCCCGCCCCGCCCGCAAAAUUCCCCAAUCCCGUCGACAAGCCCCAGCACGGGCGGCUUCAGCGUAGCGCCAGCGCCACUUUGAUCCGAGGGUUCUUCGGCAACGUCCGUCCAUCAUGUCCGUUUCUAUGAAGGAUUUGGAUCCGGCUUUCCGCGGGGCUGGACAGAAGGACGGUUUGGAGGUAUGGCGUAUUGAAAAUUUCAAGCCAGUUCCUGCACCGGCAUCUUCAUAUGGAAAAUUUUACAUGGGUGAUUCAUAUAUCAUACUAAAGACAUCAGCCUUGAAGAAGGGUUCCUUCCGCCAUGACAUCCAUUAUUGGCUUGGUAAAGAUACUAGUCAGGAUGAAGCUGGAACUGCUGCGAUUUUAACUGUGGAGCUUGAUGCUGCCCUUGGAGGGCGUGCUGUUCAGUACCGGGAAUUGCAAGGCAAUGAAACUGAAAAGUUACUCUCAUAUUUUAGACCAUGCAUCAUGCCACAACCAGGAGGGGUAGCUUCUGGGUUCAAUCACGUAGAAGUCAAUGAGCAGGACCACGUUACCCGGUUAUAUGUGUGCAGAGGAAAGCAUGCUGUUCAUGUUAAGGAGGUUCCUUUUGCUCGUUCUUCCCUCAACCACGACGACAUAUUUAUUUUGGAUACCAAGUCCAAAAUUUUCCAAUUCAAUGGCUCCAACUCAUGUAUUCAAGAGAGAGCAAAAGCUCUUGAAGUUGUGCAGUAUAUCAAAGAUACUUUCCAUGAGGGGAAGUGUGAAGUCGCAGCUGUUGAGGAUGGAAAGUUGAUGGCUGACGCCGAGGCUGGUGAAUUUUGGGCUUUGUUUGGUGGCUUUGCUCCUCUUCCGAGGAAGAUACCUUCAGAGCAGACUGGGGAAGACAUGGAAGCUGUGGCGAAAUUGCUAUGUUUUAAUCAAGGACAGCCGGAGCCUAUUAGUUUUGAAUCCUUGACGCAUGAUUUGCUUGAGACAAACAAAUGCUACUUGUUAGAUUGUGGUGGUGAAAUGUAUGUUUGGAUGGGCAGAAGUACUUCUUUGAAACAGAGGAAAGGUGCAAGUGAAGCUGCCGAGAAAUUGCUCACUGAUGAUAGCCGAACAAAAUCACAUGUUAUGAAAAUGAUAGAGGGAUACGAAACAGUAGUAUUCAAGUCAAAAUUUAAUGAGUGGCCACCAACUCCUGAUUUGAAAUUGUCAUCUGAGGAUGGAAGAGGCAAAGUUGCAGCUCUCCUCAAAAAUCAAGGAUUAGAUGUCAAGGGCUUGAUGAAAAGUGCAGAUGUAAAGGAAGAACCCGAGCCUUAUAUUGACUGCACUGGUAAUUUACAGGUCUGGCGUGUAAAUGGAAAUGCGAAGACUCUUCUGGCAUCAGCUGAACAAUCAAAAUUUUACACUGGAGAUUGCUACAUUUUUCAAUACACAUAUACUGGAGAGGACAAAGAGGAAUGUCUUAUUGGAACAUGGUUUGGAAACAAGAGUGUUGAGGAGGAAAGGGCGUCAGCAAUUUCACUGGCUAGCAAGAUGGUUCAGGCUGCAAAAUUCCAGGCUACCAUGGCUCGCCUCUAUGAAGGAAAAGAACCAAUUCAGUUCUUUGUCAUAUUUCAGAGUCUCCAAGUGUUUAAGGGUGGUCUUAGCUCUGGAUACAAGAAGUUUAUUGCUGAAAAUGGUCUGGAUGAUGAUAGUUACUCUGAAGCUGGACUCGCGCUAUUCCGGAUUCAAGGCUCAGGAUCAGAAAACAUGCAAGCAAUUCAAGUUGAUGCAGUGGCUUCAUCAUUAAAUUCGUCAUAUUGUUACAUUCUACAUGAUGGAAACAGUGUGUUCACAUGGAUUGGGAACCUUACGACCUCACUGGAUCAUGAGUUGGUUGAGAGGCAGCUAGAUGCAGUUAAGUCAGAUCUGCCAUCCAGGUCACUAAAGGAGGGCAGAGAAACUGAUAAAUUUUGGGAAUUACUGGGUGGUAAAUUGAAGUAUUCGAACAAAAAAAUAGAAAGAGAGCAGGAAAGUGACCCUCAUCUUUUCUCAUGUAUCUUAUCCAAAGAUGGCAACUUGAAGGUCAAAGAAAUACACCACUUUACUCAGGAUGAUCUGAUGGCAGAGGAUGCUUAUGUUCUAGAUUGUCACUCAUACAUAUUUGUUUGGGUCGGGCAGGAGGUUGAUGCUAAAGUGAAAACACAAGCCAUGGAUAUUGGAGAGAAAUUUCUUGUGCGCGAUUUCCUGAUGGAAAAUCUCUCCCGAGAAACAACGAUUUUCACUGUUUCGGAAGGAAGUGAGCCUCAAUUUUUUACGAGGUUCUUCACCUGGGACUCUGCAAAAUCUUUGAUGCAUGGCAGUUCAUACCAGAGGAGGCUUGCCAUUUUAAAGGGUGGAGCAGCUAAAUUGCUUGAUAAACCAAAACGUCGAACACCAGCAGUUUCAGGAAGAAGUGCAGCGCAAGAUAAAGCUCAGCGCUCAAGAAGCAUGUCCACCAGCCCGGAGUGCCACCGUAUUCGAGGCAGAUCUCCGGCCUUUGCAGCAUUAACUUCUGCCUUUGAGAAACCUAGUAUCAGGAAUCUUUCCACCCCUCCACCUGCUGUUAAAAAGCUUUUCCCUAAAUCAACCGGACCUGAUACGUCGAAAGAGGCAGCUAUCAGUGAGCUCACCAGUUGUUUGGAGGGUCCCUUGAAAAGAACAAUACCGAAGUCAGUAAAAGCGGGCCAUGAGGCAGGGAAGGCAAUACAGGAGGAAGAUGGCGCAGGCGACGAUGAGGCAGAGAGUGACGAGGGGCGUACAGUCUUCCCGUAUGAACGCCUGGUAACCACAUCCGAGGAUCCUGCGCCCGACAUCGACAUCACCAAACGAGAGAUCUACUUGUCGGCAGCCGAGUUCAGCGAGAAGUUGGGCAUGAAAAGGACAGCGUUCUACAGGCUCCCCAACUGGAAGCAGAACAAGCUGAAAUCUGCGGUGCAGCUCUUUUAGCCCUGUCGAAUGGCGCCAAUUUUGCGGGGUUCUUCUCUUCACCUAGCUCGUGUCAAUUGUUUUCCUAGCCUCUGCUUCUUCUUCUUCCAGUAAAUAUAGGUCUUCGAGGGGUAUUUUUCUCUACUGAAUCAGACGGAGCUCAGGCAGGUUCUUUCUGUUGUGGGGCUCAGCGUUUUUGUAUUCUUUUAAUUUUUUAUAAGGUUGGUCGUUUGUGUGCCUGCCGGGCAGCAGAGAUAUACAUGAUUGAAAUGAGUUGUAGCCUGGUGCCUAAACAUAUAUGUACAGCAGACUGUCGAACCCGAUCAGUCGCCAAAUUCGUUUUGUUUAUUGCAUCAAUAAAGCUUUAUUGCGUCGGUA